AUUUUUGUAGAAGAAGAGGUCAAAUACAUUUACCAAAGUAUCUUAAACUAGCAAAGCCCUAAAGAAAAUAAAGGGAAGACAGGAAUCUACAAUACUGUUGCACAACUGGGCAAAAUCUGUGACAUUUGCAAGGAUAGUUCACUAGGGAACUUUUGGGCUACAUUCACGCUAAUGAAUAGUGCCAGCAAAUGUUCUUGGGAUUGGAAAUGUAUUGUCUCUACCCUCAAGAGGUAUAGUUUUGCCCUGGCUAUGGUGUUCUCUUGAACAAUUUUUGGUGCAGAUUGGGGGUUAGCGUGGACCAUACCUGAUAGGAAGUUGGGAUGUGACCACCUUUGUCCUCCUUGUUUUGGAGACUGAGAGAGCUGAUUACUAUUGGUAGGUAUCGUGGAGUGCCAGUUUGGCUCAGUGCCAGGGAAUGGAGACGUGUGCUACGUGUCGCUUUGCCAUCUGAGGCGGGGGUUCUUGGGAUGCAGAGCUACUUGUAAGCUCUUUUACCCAGUUGCCAAGAAAAUGAGUGGCAGUGACUGUUCAUCUUCCCUGGCUGUUUCUGACAUGUAACAAGGAGUUACUAAAACCAACAACAAACAUCUCCCAAACUUUCCCUUAUCAUGAACCUUUUGCAGGUGAGGAGCUGCCAAGACUAACUUUGCAAGCAUCACUUGGUUGCUGUUCUAUCAUCCCCAUUCCCUAGUCUACAGAUGUGGCACCCUCUCUUCUCUUCUGUCACCACAAAGAUUGAUGCUCCAAAAAAAAAAAAAAAAAAAAAAAAAAAAAAAAAAAAAAAAAAAAAAAAUCAACAGAGGUAUGAAAAUCUAGAAAAGCAAAUGUAAAAGAUGUGAAAAGACUGCAUGACUGCCUGGCAUACAAUUAGAGCACAGUGCUUAUGUAGAUUACUGUUCAUAUCUGAUUUUCAUAAGAACAUAGCGUGAUGCUUCUGUUUAGGACUACACUGACUGCAUUUGGCUGUGUACAACAAUGCAGAGGAUGCCACUCCGGCACUUCUGAAGAGGUACACAUCAAGAAUUGGCUAUAAUUUCUAAAUGUCUUAGACUUUUCCUGCAAUGAAAGAAUUUGGACAAAUCAAACAUUAGAUGUGUCUAGUCUACACAGCUAUAAUAAACAUGCUAAAGGAACAGAACCUUAACCAAGUUGCUUCAGUGCACUUUUUGAAUUCUGAAGGUAGGUUAAGAUUUAUAAAUAGGUAUGAUCUUAUUUUUCAAAUAUUGGGCACAGAGGACAGUCCGGCCAGAGCUGUAUUACCAAUCGGUUCACAUUUAAGUAGCUGCGAGGUUCCUUGAAUUUCUGCCAGCAUCCUUCUCCCUGUUCAGACCCGAACCGUUCCCGACUCGCCUCUGCCUGCUCUCCGGGUCUCUCCAAGUCGAUGACCGGGCAGCUCUCCGCAACAGGCUACCGCUCUGCUCGGAGCAGCAGGCAGCAAACAUUGCUUUCGAUGCUGCUUUUUUAUGGUGUUGGGCUCUGGGACUCCCAGCCCUUUCCCAGCUGCAUCAGCCCCGGGAUGCGGGCGCGCUGCCUGAGGGGCGGUGGGACACACCCGUGGGUAUCUCCGUGUAGACAGAUGUGCUGCCGCCGGGCCGCCCGCCCCGGGCCGGCCCCGGGAACGCCCCGCGGGUGCUCCUGCGGCUGCCGCCGGCGGAGCGUGCCUGGCGCUGGGGCAGCGCCGGCCUCUCCCUUCCCUCCCCCGCCCGCCAAGGCGCCUCCCGCCCGGCCACAGCCCCGGCCCCGGCCUUGCGCACAGCGGCGGACUCACCGGGCAGCGCGCACCGAGAGCCAUGGCGCGGUCCGGCGGCGAUGUCCGCUUCUUCCUCCUCCUCCUCCUCUGCAGCCCGGCGGCGGCCGGACCGACGUUCCUUGUGGCAGCUCCCUGGAACAUCAGGCCUGGAGCAAACUUGACUGUCGGGGUGGCUCUGCUGCCGGACAGCCCAGCACGGGUCACCGUAAGGGGAGAAGUGAUCAGAGAUAACGAGACCAUCUUGAGCAGGGAAGCGGUCUUUGAGAAAGAUACCUUUGGAACUCUUGUUCUUCCAGAACUGCCUCUGAACAGUGCUGCUGGGAAUUAUGAGUUACUGGUGGAGGGCCGUGCUGAUGGCCGGCGCAUCUUCUCCAACCGCACCAGCCUGAUGUACGUGUCCAAGAGCACCUCUGUGUUCAUCCAGACUGAUAAAUCCAUGUAUAAACCAGGACAAGAUGUGCUCUUCCGGAUUGUCACUGUCUAUCCUGACCUUAAACCUUACCAAGUGUCUCUGAAUAUAUAUAUCCGAGAUCCUCGGAAGAAAUUGAUUCAGCAGUGGUUGAUGGAGCAGGGUGAUUUGGGUGUAGUUUCCAAAAAAUUUCAGUUGUCAGUGAACCCUCCGCUAGGAGACUGGUCCCUAGAAGUGGAAGUGAAUGGUCAAGUUCAUUAUCAAAGAUUUAAAGUGAUGGAAUAUGUUUUACCAAAAUUUGAUGUCAUGAUAACAACACCUUUAUACUACUCUUUGAGAGAUGAAGAUGUAACUGGUGUUGUCUCUGCAAAAUACACAUAUGGAAAGCCAGUAAGGGGAACUGUGACAAUCACUUGCCUUUCUGUUUCUUACUGGACAAACAAGAGAAAUAUAACAACAACAAUGGAGAUAAAUGGAUCUGUGAAUGUAACCUGUAACAAGCUUAUGUUGCAAAGCUUGAAUGCUGAGCAGUCGUGGCACCAAGGUGAUGGCGAUUACACAGAGCCCAUCGAAAUGAUCGCGGUGGUGACUGAGUCACUCACAGGAAUCUCCCAAAAUUCAAGUACCAUCAUAUUUCCAAAGCAAAGCGACUAUUUUAUUGAAUUUCUGGACUACUCUAGAGUUAUAAAGCCUUCUCUGAACUUCAUAGCUACUCUAAAGGUGUCACGUUCGGAUAGCAACCAGCUGACAGCUGAAGAGAGGCAGAACCUUGUAACAAUCACUGCACAACAGUCAGACCUGCUUUUCCAUCAGUCUUCACUUUCUCACCUGGAAAAUGAGGCAACAGAGGAGAGAAAUCUGACAGUCCAUGUCCUGAACUACACAGUUCCAGAAAAUGGAGUAAUUGACCUUGAGUUUCCAAUCCUGUCUGAUACAAAAACUCUGAGAGUGCAGGCAGAGUUCCUCAGCAGUAAGACUGACAUAGGUGUCUAUGACGUGUUCAGCUCCCCCAGUCAGACUUAUCUCCAGGUUAAAACAAAGAACCAGGAUAUAAAGGCUGGGAAGUCUUUUGAGCUGAGCAUUUCAAGCAACAAGCCAGUGAGAGAGUAUCACUACCUGAUAUUAUCUAAGGAACAAAUCAUGGCUUUUGGUACAAACUCUACAAAAACAUUCACUUUAACAGCAGAAAAUUCCUGGGCUCCUUUGAUAUCUAUACUUGUAUUCUAUGUAGAUGAGCUUGGAGUGGUUGUAAAUGAUGCUCUCACUGUCCCCAUCCAGCCUGCUUUGGAUGACAAGAUUAGAAUCUCUUGGAGCAAAGAUAAGGGCAAGCCAUCUGAGAAAGUCUCCCUUAAAAUCAGUACAACAGAGCCAGGAUCAGUAAUUGGACUUUCAGUUGUUGAUAAAAGUGCAAAGCUUCUGGGAGAAAGUGGUGACAUAACAGAAGAAUCUGUCCUCCAUGAGCUCAAUUUAUACAGCACAGUGCAGUAUUUCCCCCUGGUCAGAGGUUCUUACGGUGUAUUUCAGAAAUGCAGCCUUUGGGUAUCAACUGAUGCAGUUCUUGAGGAGGAUAAGGAACAUUUUCUUUAUGGUGAGAUGAUACCGAUCGAGGAUGGUUUCGGUGAUGAUAUGCCGGUGUCUAAAAAUGGACCUCCUGAUUUCAGCAAUCUCUAUGUGAGGACACAUUUUCCAGAGACUUGGCUUUGGAUUGACACUAAAAUGAGAUCUGGCACAGAAACCACGAUGGAUGCCAUUGUGCCUGACACCAUCACAUCCUGGGUGGCCAGUGCUUUUGUGAUCUCUGAAAACGGCGGGCUUGGCGUGACGACUGCUCCGGUGGAGCUGGAAGUUUUUCAGCCUUUUUUUAUUUUCCUGAACCUUCCAUACUCUGUCAUCAGAGGAGAGCAGUUCAUUUUGGAAGUGAACAUCUUUAACUAUUUGAAAGAAGAAGCUGAGGUUACUGUGAUCCUGGAUGUGACCGAUGCUUUUGAAAUUAUUCUAACAUCCAAUGAAAUAAAUGCUACAUUAAAUCAACAAUCUAUAUCUGUACCAAGUGAAGAUGGGAGAACUGUUCAAUUCCCAAUUAAGCCAAAACAGCUGGGAGAGAUUCCCAUCAAAGUGACAGCAAUAUCAUCUGCUGCUUCUGAUGCUGUUAUCCAGAAAGUUUUAGUAAAGGCUGAAGGAUUGGAACAGACAUAUUCUCAGACAGUCCUUUUGGAUUUGACUGGGAAUAAACGACAAGCAGUGUCAAAAACUUUGGAAUUCACUUUUCCUUCUGAUGUUGUAAAUGACAGUGAGAGAGUGCAGGUCACUGCUGUUGGUGAUUUACUUGGGCCUUCUAUCAACGGUUUGUCGUCAUUGAUUAAGAUGCCUUAUGGCUGUGGUGAACAGAAUAUGAUCAAUUUUGCUCCAAAUGUUUAUAUUUUGCAAUACUUGAUCAAAACCAGGCAGCUGAGAGAGGAUAUUAGAUCAAAAGCGGUAUCAUUUAUGAGAAAAGGCUACCAAAGAGAGCUGCUUUUCCAGAGGGAUGAUGGUUCUUUUAGUGCCUUUGGAAAUGAAGAUCCCUCUGGGAGCACAUGGUUAUCAGCUUUUGUAUUGAGGUGUUUCCUUCAAGCUCGUCCAUUCAUAGAUAUUGACGAAGAGGUACUUAUGGAUACAGCUAAAUGGAUUGUCCGUCAUCAGAAAUUAAAUGGAGAGUUCCAGGAGCCUGGGAAAGUGUUACACAGUGAUCUUCAAGGAGGCACCAAUAAUCCCAUUACUCUCACAGCUUACAUCAUGUCAUCCCUCCUAGGGUUCCCAGAUAAACAGCAUGCUUAUGCCAUCAAGACUGCUACAAACUUUCUAGAAGAUAAAUUAGAAGAAGGCAUUUCAGAUAAUUACACAUUGGCUCUUGUGACGUACGCAUUGUCCUGGGCAAAAAGUGCAAGAGCCAAAGAAGCACUGAAUAUGCUGAACCAGAGAGCAGAACGACAAGGAGAAUUUCGGUUUUGGGUAACACCUGCUUCUGAAAUUUCUGACUCAUGGCAGCCACGGUCCAUUGAUAUUGAACUAGCAGCAUAUGCUCUGCUCUCUCACUUUCAUCAAGACAGAUUAGCUGAGGGGAUCCCGAUUAUGAAAUGGUUAAGUCAUCAAAGAAACCACCUUGGGGGAUUUUCAUCUACUCAGGACACUGUGGUGGCUCUCCAUGCCUUGAGUCUGUUUGCAGCUCUCAGUGCGGCAAGCAAAACAGAAAUGGAUAUAACAGUGACAGCCCCUUCUUUGGACACGCCAGAAACAUUCUCAAUUGACACUCGAAACCGCUUCCUGCUGCAGACUAAGGAGAUUCCCCCUGCACAAGAAAUGAAAAUUACGGUGUCAGCAGAGGGAAUAGGAUUUGCUGUGUUUCAGCUCAAUGUUAUGUACAACACAAAACACACCGAUCAGAGGCUCAGAUCUGUCCAAAAUCAAGAAGCCUUUGACUUGAAUGUUGAUGUAAAAGAUGAUAAAGAUGAUAAAAACCACUUGACUUUGAAUGUGUGCACAAGGUACUUUGGUUCUGGCACGGCUCCCAGCAGUGGUAUGGUCCUCAUGGAGGUUGGCUUGCUCAGUGGUUUCUCUGUGUCACCAGAUUUUGUUCCAUUAGACAAUGCCAUUAAGAAGACAGAAAAAGACAAUGGAAAAGUCAACCUAUACUUAGACUCUCUAAAUGAAACACAGGUUUGUGUGGAUAUUCCGGCUGUGAGAGACUUCAAGGUGGCAAAUAUCCAGGAUGCUUCAGUGACUGUAGUGGAUUACUACGAACCUAGGAGAAGAGCAGUGAGAAGCUAUAAUUCAGAAGUAAUGCAAAGUAUAACCUCUUGUGACUUCUGUGAAAGUGACUGCCACCUUUGCCACCGAGAUGGUUCUGCAGCCUUGCUUCAGCACUCUUCAUUGGCCUUCUUGUUCUGUGUGCUCUUUGUCCUUCAUGUAAACUUGCUGUGCAGUUGGAUGCUGUAAAAAGAAACAGAUUAUGUUUCACAUCUAAGGUUUCCAUAAAUUAUCCAAAGAAAAUUUUAUGUUCCGAUACCAGCCCGUCUUUAGUGAUUACCAUGACCAAACUCCUGCUGUGUUCAGGGAGAACUGGGCUGGCCCAUAUGGUAAAUUUCUGGCUGUGCCAGAAAACUUCUACAAGUGUCUGCUGGAAAAGCUUUCCAAGUGUUAGUUUCAUACUGAAUUUAUUUUCUGAAGAAGCACAGAGUUACUGAGAAAGCAGUGUGAUAAAAAGUAAACAUAGCUCCAUAUUUCCACUUUGUUUUUAUCCCAGCUUCCAACUGUGCUCGUUUUUUUAGGGGUGCAUGUUAGUUUACCCUGCUUUUCCAAAACACUAUCUGCUUCUCCAUUAGGGUGUUCAUAAGCAAUGAUAGGAGCUUGGUAUCAGAGCUCACUUUGUUGUGUUCUGAAGAUGUGACACUUAACAUUAAUACUGAAUUUCUCUGCGUGCUCUCAUGGGGAAUAAGAUGAAAAAAAAAGAAGGAGCUGGCUUCAGAUCAGAUUCAAGAGCCAAAAAAUACUGCAUUUACAAACUGCUGAAUGCUCCAGAAAGUUGUCUGUCUUCUCUUUACAGAGAAGGUAGAUGAAUUCUUUUUGUCAAUUCAUAAGCUAACCAUGCCUGAAAAUAAGGCCUCAGGAUGUUCUCAUGCAUUUUACUCUGAAAGGCUUUUUACUGUAAAUACGUCAAAGAUAAAAGUCUGAUUUUCAGACUUCAUUUUUCCAGGAUUAUUCAGAAACAAAUGCAAUUCUCUUUCCACAUGAGAAUGCCGAUGUCAGCUGGCAUGUAUUUAUGGCCAGAUGAAGUAAGUUUGCUUUGAACCUGUUCUGGUUUUUCGAUGUCUCUAGAAAUGUCACUCUGGGGCAUCAUUUAUGCCUUGUGCUUUCAGUGUCAUCUUGUCAACAGUUCAGGUGGCAUAACCCCAAACACAGUUGUUUACUGCUCUCAGUGCCAUGUGAGUUGGUGGCCCUGGAUGCCAUCUGUGCCCCUGUAUCUGGUGGUGGGAGAGGCUUUUAGGAGGCAUGGGCUGCUUAUGCAUUCAGUCCAGCCAAACAAUUCACAUGCUUGCUUAACUUUAACCACGUCCAUGUAUGCUCAAGUGCUCUGCUAAGUGGAAUGGAGAAGAGGGAUGGUGAAAAGUAGCAGCCACUUUUACACCCAAACCUGCUUUUUGCACGUGGGGAGAAUUACAGAUCUCGGUGAGUGUGGAAAUGUGUGAGCCUGGGAGCUCGCUGCUCCUGAGUGUAUGAAUGCCUUCCUUGUCUGGCAGCCAAUCUGUCCUUGUACACUACCUGUAAUAUCUAAUGCUUACUUAUUUUUGAUAAGGCAGCCAAGCUGUUACACCCGUAGUUACUAAACUGAAGUUAAUAGCUGUCAUGUUGACUAAGAGAGGUGGAAAUUACAAUUUCUAUUGAUUCUCUUUCUUGCCUACCUUUUUGGGACGGAGUGUGUUUUUGUGCACAUGUAAUAAUAUGGCAGUCACUUUCCUCGAACAGUUUCUAAUUCUUACUCAAUUUUUGCUACUGCUUAAAAUGUGUAUUUUUGUAUUUAUGCUCACCUAUAAUGUUGUUCACAAAGGAAAUUUUGCAUAGUAGCAUGGGAAGAGGCCUGAGCUUCCUGACCUGGGGGUGCCUUCUAAUACCAGUGUAUAAGUUUUAACUGCAGAACUGGUUUAGAUGGGGUUAUUUGUUUUACUUCACCUGUUUUUUGGAAAUUAUAGUGUUUUUCACAAAUUUGGGGUUCUGUUCCAUUUCUCAGGCAGAGCUUAGGCCUGGUUCUUUAUGGUCACUCAUGCUUUUCACUUGUCCUUGGUGUGUUUUGGAUUUAGCCUUCUGAGUAGUUAAUUAGUGCCUCAGCAGAAUGUGUGUGCUGCUCUGACUCACAUGAAGUAAUGUAUUUAUUGAAGCCAAAUACACUGCUUAGGAGGAUGCAAGAUCUCACCCUCUGUAAGCCAUUCACUUGGUUACAUGGGUCCAAAGUUAAAGGAAACGAAGAUACAGACACAAACACAUCUCUGCAUCUCAAAUCCUUUAUUCAUUUAUGGGAGCCUAAAUCAAACUGUGCCAAGUAGAAGAUCUGGAAAAAAAUCUCAUCUAAACUGGGAUAUGUUUUGCUGUGAGUUUGAUUUUGUUGUGACCUGUGAAAGUUGGUCUUCUCUUGUCUUUGAGAACAGCAGACUUGACAAGAUAUUUGCCUCCCUUUAAUAUAGUUUCAAAAACCCAAAGCUUGCGUAUGUCCAGGUUUUACUAUAUGCAGGGCUUCUAAUAAGGACAUUGGUAGCUGAUUAAUGAUAGGAUAAAGGGGAUUAUUUUCUAGACAAGAUGUACUGGAGAUAAAUUGCUCUUUUGCAGUAGAUAGUAGGGAUAAAUUAGUUCUGUUUUGCAUGCAGUCCAAUCUUCCUGAAAAUCCUCCAAGAAAAACGGAUUUAAACUGCUUAGUUGAGUUUUGGACAGUGCAGCUUUUACUAGUAUUCCCUUACAUUUGUUUUUGAGACAAACAACACAUGUUCCUAAAUGACUUUUGGCUGUCUUGCACACUAUAUUAAGAAUCAUCAGUCAUAAUGCACCAUGUCAGGGAAAUUGUUGGAGUCAGUGAAUAAACAUUCUCUUUUAUUUUACUUUUUUCUAUACACCAGGCAUAUUAUUGCAGGCAUCCAAAUCUGCAUCUGUAUUAAGCUAUUUUAAAGGAACAGUGUGCAUUGUAUGACUUUUAACAAAUGUUUACACCAGGUGGCCUUUAACAUUCCUGCAUCAGUGCCUUCAGUCACUGUGCAGUAGAGGCUGGUGCUUCGAAUGAAUUGCAGAGGAUAAAAUUUGUACUGUGUUGGCAGUGAAUGGAACAGCAGAAAUUGAAUAUUAUUUGGUAUAGUGACUUUUUUUUUGUUUUCCUCAUCAUUGUGUGGGAACCGUUACACAAAUGCUCAGCAUAUAUGUUAUCCCCAUUGCUCUAUAACAUCCGUUUUGGAUGUUAGGGGGGCCGUGCUCCCACUGAAGUUAAUAGGACAUCUUGUAGCAAAAAGUCUUCUGGAACGCCUUAGCAGUAAGGUCUAUAAAGAGCUUUAAGGAGUGAUGCUAAAAACAAUCAUGAAAAGGUAUUUUGUGUUGGAGUCUUCAUGUUGCAUUGUCUGAGCAUCUGCUGUUCACUGAAAUCUGAAUGUUCCCUGGUACUUCCCAUGCCCUUUUCAGCCACAGAGCAUGGUCUGUCUAGGGUCCUUAAUAUGCUAUUGAAUCAGUAAGAGAUAUUUAUUUAGGAUUGAGCAUAAAACAAAACUAUAAUGUAUUUUAAAGGUGUUCCCCCCAAAUUCUGCCUCUGCUGUCAUCCAUGAUCUUAGCUGAGGGUUUCUCUGCAUGUUUCAAUGUAGGUGUCAUUUAGAGAUCUUCUGUACUAAAUGCUGUUGUACAGAACAGGGAAUGAGUUAACAGGUUAACUGCUGCUUAACGGGUUUAGUGCACCUCAGAAUCUGCACACUGGGCCAGCUCCAUGGCUGGUUUGGUUCCCAGCAUGGCACCAUCAUAGAAUUGCUUAUGUUGGAGAAGACCUUUAAAAUCAUUGGGUCCAACCAUUAAGCCAGCUUUGCCAAGUCUGCGACUAAACUGUGUCUCCAAGUGCUACAUCUACACUCUUUCUAAAUACCCCCAGGGAUGGUGACACCACUGCUUCCAUUGGCAGCCUGUUCUGAUGCUUAACAGUGAAAAAAUUUUUCCUAAUAUCCAAUCUAGACCUACCCUGGCACAACUUCUGUCAAACACAAGCAGGUAUUCCCAGUUAGCAUCCAUACCACAUGCUCCAGUUCAUCAAGCAUGUGCAUAAUACAUAGCCAUUACAGUGUUCUGCAGUGUGUAAUGUUCUAUUUUUAGGAGAAAAUAUAUUAGAAAGCAACUAGUGCCUAACAGCAUAAUUUUUAUGUCUGUAACACUAAGAAAGAGGAUUAAAUUUUAAUUCUAAAUGACUAAUGUUAUUUUUGUUACAACAUUUCUUCUUCUACUAUAAGUCCUUAUGCAGUGAAUCAUCUCUAUGUGAUCUGAAGAUUUUGAAAUUAGAUGCUUAAUUUAUCCAUAAAAUGUAACAGCACUUGUUUUCUUUUCCCCAUAUCAAAAUAUUUCACUUCCAUAUUGUUUCUUAUUCAUUUUAAUGUAUUUCUGUGUGCCAAAUGGAAAUGCCAUUGCUCUAUUGCUAUUGUAGGCAAUAAAGGCUGAUAGUGUGCUGUAUUAGAUUAAUAUAAUGAUUAUUUUUCCUAUAGAUAGCUUGUUUUCAGAUAGGUGUGAGCAUUAAUUCCUUAUGUGCUGCAUUUGAGUCACCAGUACUCCAGUGUAGGAUUUCAAAUAAUUUGUUGUGUUUCUUGGUAGCUAAUCAAAUACUUCAUCAGCAUUGCUUAUAUCUUAUAAUGUUAUACUAUAAACUGGGGGGUUUUUUUGUUGUUGUGGUUUUUAGUUUUGUUAGGUUGUAUGGGAUACUAAACACAAAGAAGAAAAUAAAAAUAUGCUGGCUCAGUGGAAGUAUAUAAGCAGGUAUAAUGUCCUACUGAUUGGCACAUCUCUUCUUUUUCGAUAUCAGGCCUUAAACAAUUUGAACUAAAAAUCUUAACUGCCUUGAGACAUAGUCAGAUGCCCAAUUUGAUCUAAAUUAGGAUCAUCAUUCACAUUUCCACUUUUCAUCAAAUUGGAAAUAGUAGAAAAAGAAUUUUAUGAGCUGUUUUGAGCAAACAGAGGUGAACUAACAUGCUAACUAUGCAAAUAGCUUCUGUCUUUUCAAGUAAUAAAGCAAAUGUUAAGGAACCAGACUGUUUCAAAGGACUUUGGAAGAUUGUAAUUAGUUUAUUUUUCUUCAAAGAAAGUUUGCAAUAGCUAUUUUUAAAUGCUAUUAAAGAUGACUUUUAAUAA